AUAUUAAUGACGCUGCAAACGAAUCAUCAGAUGCAGAUUAAUUCAUUUUCUUCGCCUUGAAUUUACUGGAUAAUGGAUCUCAACGACAAGAUUGAUAUUGAUCAACCAUUAUGGGAUCAAUCUACCUACAUUGGUAGGUGGAAACACGCUGCUUUCAUUAGCGAUAGCCGUACAGUAUUCGUGCCCGAAAAAGAAUUAUGGAAGGCGAAACAAUUCUGUGAUGAUUAUAGAGAUGGAAAAGUACCCCCGGAUACUACAAUGAAGGACGUUAUUCAUGCAAAACAGCUUAGAGAUAGUGCGUUCCAUCCGGAUAACGGUGAAUUAAUGCACGUUAUUGGCAGAAUGUCCUUUCAAUUACCUUCUUCAAUUAUAAUUACAACGGCGAUGCUAACAUAUUACAAAAGUACCGUUGCUACCGUAUUGUGUCAGAUAGUAAACCAGACACAAAAUGCUAUCGUAAAUUACUCGAACAGAAAUGCGAUGGAAGGAGUUGAUAAACACGAUUCAAGCUCAAUUAAAACUGCUUUCUUAUGUGCAAUAAUAGCAAGUUCUGCAGUGGCUAUUGGUUGUAGAAGAAUACUGCAUCGGAGAGAACCUAUCAUUUGUUGUAGAAGAACGCUGCAUCGGAGAGAAUCUGUCAUUUCAAGAUGCGUACCAUUUUUCGCAGUUACUGCAGGUCAUAUCGUAAAUAUGCCACUAAUGCGUCAGAAAGAAAUAAAGUCGGGCGUUCCGGUAUUUAUCGAAGGUGCAGAAAAGCCUUUCAUGCAGUCUAGGGUAGCAGCAGUGAUUGGCAUUUCCGAAUGUAUUAUCACCAGAAUAGGCAUGUCCCUCCCAUGUUUGCUCUUUAUUCCAGUCAUAACGCAAACAAUUAAGCAGUAUUGUUUCUAUCAACGUAGGCCGUGGAUUCGAUACCCUAUCAAAAUUGUCUUGUGCGCAGUUGGCUGCUUGAUUUCAAUUCCUUCAUCCCUUGCAUUGUUUCCUCGAUAUAACUCCAUGAGGACAGAAUGGUUGAAGUUAUGCCCAAAGGACUACGAAGAAUUUAAAAGAACUAACAAAGAAGAUGUAGACAGAAUCUAUUACUAUAAAGGACUAUGA